AAAAAAAAAAAAAAAACCUCGAGAGAAGUGGGGGAAGAGAGAGAGAGAGAGAGAGAGGGAGGUAAGCUAAAAGCGCAAUGCUCACACUUUAUUCCCUUCGCUUCAAAUUGGAUACUUUGCUGUACUCCGAGAAGGAGGUUGAGGAGGAGAAAGAGUGGUGUCUGUGAAUGUCCGCUUCAUUGCUUCCCCCAUUCUCCAUCGCUCUCUUCUUCUUCCGUCUAGCGCCGAGAUUGGUGUUUCUGUGUCCAAAGUCUGAUCUUUAUUGCUCCGAGGCUAUAGAUUGAAGUCCCAUUGGCGAAAGGAGAAGUUUUUCCUUUCUUUUGAGCUUUGGUUUGGAGUGGAUGGUCAGCUCCUGCUCACUUGUUGUGUUCUGCGAUGAACCCUGGAAUGGUGUACCUUCCUCGAGGGUGCUAACCGGUUCUCUUGUUUCUGCGGCUUCUUAGUUUUCCGAUCCAUCUCUGUGGGAAGAAGUUUGGAAUCGAUCUUUUUGUCAAAUAGCACUCGAGAAAAAGGUCGGCAUUUGCUGUUCUCCUUCGUUGGGAUCCAAAUCAGGGCGAGACUCCUGAAAGCGUAUAGGUGGGGAGAGAAACCAUCUCCCGGUGGCUGCAUGAGGGAGUGCUGAAACAAUGAGAGAUGAGAACUCGAUAAAAACCAAGCUAUCAUGGUCCAAGACGCUUGUUAGAAAAUGGUUCAACAUCAAGAGCAAACCUCAGGACUUCCAUGCAGACGAUGAUGUUGUUGUUGAAAGAGAAGGUGAUGGGGAAUGGCGGACCAACUUCACAGAGAGGGAGACAUGCACAGUUAAGAAAAGCAGAACAGAACGAUUGAACAAAAAAAAUUCAGAACGAGUUCGGCGAGGAAGAUUUGAUGUUGAUGUGGAUCAAGUUGCAGAUGUUGAGGACUAUAAAAUUUUUGUCUCGACAUGGAAUGUAGGUGGGAAAUCUCCACCAAAAAAUUUGAAUCUUGAAGAAUGGAUCCAUGCUUCACCUCCGGCAGACAUUUACGUUCUGGGAUUUCAAGAGAUUGUUCCUCUCAAUGCUGGAAAUGUUCUUGGUGCAGAAGACAAUCUUCCAGCAAAGAAAUGGUUGUCACUCAUUAGAAAGACACUGAACACUCUUCCGGGCACUUGUAGUUCUGGCAACUACAGUAUACUGUCCCCUCUUCCCGAUCCGCUUGUGGAGCUAGAUGCUGAUUUUGAGGGCUCCUCAACAAGGCAAAAGAAUUCAUCAUUGCUUCACCGACGUUCAUUCCAUUCCAUGAGUCGCAGUUUAAGAAUUGAUGGUGAUAUCAUGGCAAUGCAACCAAGGCUGGAUCGCCGGUUCAGUGUUUGUGAUCGGACAAGCAUUGCAAGCAGACCAAGUAAUUUUGAUCCCAGUUUUAGAUGUGGAGGUUCAUCUGAUGAUGAGAAACUUGGGGGAGAAUCUCCUUCGACAGAUAUUUUUUCACCAAUGUCUUAUGUCUAUGGUGCUCCACAAUAUUUGGAAGAAAGGGAGAGAUCAUCCCUCCGCUCUAAUUCCAGGUAUUGCUUGGUUGCAAGUAAGCAGAUGGUUGGCAUAUUUCUAACAAUUUGGGUGAGAGGCGAAAUAAGAGGUGAUGUGAAGAACUUGAAGGUUUCCUGUGUUGGCAGAGGAUUAAUGGGUUAUCUUGGCAAUAAGGGUUCAAUAUCAAUCAGCAUGUCUUUUCACCGAACAAGCUUCUGUUUCAUCUGUAGUCAUUUGACCUCGGGACAGAAAGAGGGGGAUGAACUACGGAGGAACUCAGAUGUGAUGGAAAUUUUAAGAAAGACUAGGUUUCCUCGGGUGCACAGAGUAUGUGAUGAGAAGUCUCCUGAAACAAUUCUUGAUCAUGAUCGUAUCAUAUGGCUUGGUGAUUUAAACUACCGCAUCGCUCUUUCCUAUCAGUCAGCAAAGGCUUUAGUUGAGAUGCACAACUGGAGAGCUUUGUUGGAAAAAGAUCAGCUUCGAAUAGAGCGAAGAUGUGGCCGUGUUUUCGAGGGAUGGAAAGAAGGAAGGAUAUUUUUUCCUCCAACCUAUAAAUAUUCAAAUAACUCAGAUAGAUACGCAGGGGAUGACACACACCGAAAAGAGAAGCGGCGGACACCUGCAUGGUGUGACCGCAUUUUAUGGUGUGGAAGAGGCCUUACUCAAUUGGCUUAUCUACAUGGAGAGUCUAGAUUCUCUGAUCACAGACCUGUAUACAGCAUUUUCACUGCAGAGGUAGAAAUUACCAAUCACAACCAAAUUACGAACAUGGGUUGCUCUAGCUCUCGGAUUGAGGUGGAAGAACUCUUGCCCUACUCACAUGGUUUCACAGAGUUCAGUUUCUACUGAGGUGGCUGAAGAAAAUCAAACAGAAUCAAGGUUGUUCUAUGCCUUUUGCCAAUAAUUAGCUUCUAAAUCUUUUAGUCUCAGCAACUACCAAAGGAAGAGCAACCACCAGGGAACAAUCACAUCAUAGAAGUUACCUAAAGGGGAAAAAAAGUAUUUUGUGGCUGAACAACCAGUCAAGAGACAAGUCCAAGAACUUCUUUCUGUAAUAAUUGGCAACUAACAUUACAAACUAACCAGCUUACUUCACCUUUGAAAAGCAAGCAGUUUGACAGUUCAGUAGGUUGAUCAAAGGAAGAUGCCCAAACAAAGGGAACUAUUUAAGUCUACCAAAGGACUCCUGGGGAACUUGGGACCACCCUAGAACUGCCAAAUGGGUGUUAGCAUACUUCAAAUUUUGAUUUGUAAUUGUUCUGACACAGAGUGUAAGGAAUUUUUUUUUGUAGAGUGAGAGGAUUGAGUCAAACAACUGUGUAAACAGUACUUUCUGUUUUAUAUGGUGAAAAAGGGAAGCUGAGUUCAGAA